UCGACCUCCAACACAAACAUCCCCACUGUAUUGCGUCCUGCCAACCUCUUUUCAGCUGAAUCAGAUUCGACGCAGUCUAGCCUACCAGACACCCAUGACUCGACGCCGACGCAUGAUAGAAUCCUACAGUGCACACUUGCAAAUCCCUUAAUCUCGGCCCUUCCAACCGCCAGAAUAGGCUCCCCAGCUCAACUCACCCCAACAACGACUGGGAAUAUUGUCGUUCAGGCAAUAGGUGCAUUAGCCGAAGAGGAAAUGGACGUGAUGGCUGUUGAAGGCGAGGGCACACCGAGCGUCGGUGCUGGAGGAGAUGGAUGCAGUGAGGAACCGCUACCUCCCAGACUGAGUAGACAGGUCUCAUUGGCCUCUCUCGAUCCCGAGGACGCUCUUCCCCUGAGUAUUGUUGAUGAUGAAAGCACAUAG